AUGGCGCGUAACUUGGUGAACUUGUUAAUGGUGGUGGGGAUGUGUGGUAGCUUAGUUCUGAAAUCGUCAUUCGGUCAGCUAUUAACCACCCCUGUUCCAGAUGAUGUCAGGGUCAAGUUAUGUGGACUCUUUUCCAUACACUUUCGUGUGGACAUCGAUGACAUGAGUUGGACGGAAGGUCCAGCCCGUGAGCGUUGUGAUGGCUACCAUAUGCUCUCCUACCUCCGUGCUAGAGCAAUGACUUAUGCCAUUGAUGAGAUUAACCAUAAUACCGACAUUCUGAACCACAUCCAACUCGACUACGACAUCAGGGACAUAUGCAACUGGAAGAGUUCGGCACUUCGUGCAGCAUCGCAAUGCCUUGGUUUGGAGUACGACGAGGAAGCGAUCACCCUCAAUUCCGACCCCGCCAUCACCAACCACUCUGCCUUGCUCUUCAUCGGACCUGAUACAUCGGAAAGUGCCGAAACGGUGGCUGACUACGCCCAGAACUUUGGUGUCCCCGUCAUCAGCUACUCAGCUACUAGUGCGUUGCUGAGUGAUCGGACCAAGUACAGGACCUUCUUCAGGACUGUGCCUUCGGACAUUCAUCAAGCAGCUGCUGUAGCUGAACUCAUCGCUAGUGAGGGAUGGAACUGGGUAGGACUUAUCGCA